UUGACGUACGUUGAAUGAAUGUUGAAUAUAAGUAAUAACGCUGAGGCUGUAGGUGUGGGUAAUAAAAAAAGAGAGAAGCCGCAUCAACAUCAUCCAAUAUAUGGACGUUAAAAGAGCGUCGUAAUCCAUUUCCAUUUCUCAUCUAUCUUCACUUCCUCGUCCUCAUCCUCAUCCACCUAUUCUAAAACCAGACGCAAUGCCCAUGUACACUCCAUCACUCUCCGCACCCUCCUCCAAUCACAUUCAACCAAGUGUCACACUCCCCUUAUAUAUCACAACCACCAAGCUCAAUCUCAAGCAGCAGCAUCACACCACACCAAUGCCAAUACCCAUGUGCAACGAAAUUCAAGCCCAAGCCCAAGCCCAAGCCCAACCUGGGUUUAAGCUCGUCGGUUUCAAAAACUUCGUCCGAACCAAUCCUAAGUCGGACCGCUUUCAAGUCAACCGCUUCCACCACAUCGAGUUCUGGUGCACCGAUGCCACCAACGCCUCCCGCCGAUUCUCUUGGGGACUUGGAAUGCCUAUUGUGGCAAAAUCUGAUCUCUCCACCGGAAACCAAAUCCACGCCUCCUACCUCCUCCGCUCCGGCGACCUCUCCUUCCUCUUCUCCGCUCCUUACUCUCCCUCUCUCUCCGCCGGCUCCUCCGCUGCCUCCUCCGCCUCCAUUCCCAGUUUCGACGCCGCCACCUGCCUUGCCUUCGCUGCCAAACACGGCUUCGGCGUCCGCGCCAUCGCCUUGGAAGUCGCCGACGCGGAAGCCGCUUUCAGCGCCAGCGUCGCGAAAGGAGCCGAGCCGGCGUCGCCGCCGGUUCUCGUCGACGAUCGCACCGGCUUCGCGGAGGUGCGCCUCUACGGCGACGUGGUGCUCCGCUACGUCAGCUACAAGGACGCCGCGCCGCAGGCGCCACACGCAGAUUCGUCGCGGUGGUUCCUGCCGGGAUUCGAGGCCGCGGCGUCGUCGUCUUCGUUUCCGGAGCUGGACUACGGGAUCCGGCGGCUGGACCACGCCGUCGGGAACGUUCCGGAGCUGGCGCCGGCGGUGAGGUACCUGAAAGGCUUCAGCGGAUUCCACGAGUUCGCGGAGUUCACCGCGGAGGACGUGGGAACGAGCGAGAGCGGGUUGAACUCGGUGGUUCUGGCGAACAACUCGGAGACGGUGUUGCUGCCGCUGAACGAGCCGGUUUACGGAACGAAGAGGAAGAGCCAGAUUGAGACGUAUUUGGAACACAACGAAGGUGCUGGUGUGCAGCACCUUGCGCUUGUUACUCACGACAUCUUCACCACACUGAGAGAGAUGAGAAAGCGAAGUUUCCUUGGUGGAUUUGAGUUCAUGCCUUCUCCUCCUCCCACCUAUUACGCCAACCUCCACAACCGUGCCGCUGAUGUGUUGACCGUUGACCAGAUUAAGCAGUGUGAGGAGCUUGGGAUUCUUGUUGACAGAGAUGAUCAGGGCACUCUGCUUCAGAUUUUCACUAAGCCUGUUGGGGACAGGCCAACGAUAUUCAUAGAGAUAAUUCAGAGGAUCGGGUGCAUGGUGGAGGAUGAGGAAGGGAAGGUGUACCAGAAGGGUGCAUGUGGGGGUUUUGGGAAAGGCAAUUUUUCUGAGCUUUUCAAAUCCAUUGAAGAAUAUGAGAAGACUUUGGAAGCUAAAAGAACCGCGUAAGCACAUUGGAAGAACACAAAUACUCCUUUGUUGAAAUGAUUAAUGAGGAAUCAAUGUGGCAUAGGGUGUUUAUACUCUAUAAUACAUAGUAGAAUUACAAUGAUAGUGUCCUCCCUUGUAUGAAAAUGAAAUCACAGAAACUUUUAUGGAUAGUAUUUUUCUAUUAAAUACUUUGAGAGAUUACUUGA